ACCAGGCUAGGCUAGCAGGACAGAUAGCAGCGCAGAGAGCAGGGGAUACAGUCAAUGUAAACUCAGGAGGACAGCGAAGACAGGACAGGAGAGGGUCCUUCACUUCCAGCAAUGCAAACGCUGAGUGUCGCAGCUAGCUAACGGUAGCGCCGUCCCGACACACGGGGACUGAUCUCGAUGGCAAAGCCGAAGCAACGAUAAAUAAAAGGCGACAUCAACAAGAGAGGGUUAGCUUAGUUUCAAUGUUAUUGUUAAUUAAAAACCACAUAUUGUGACAAUGUCCUGCUCUGGCAACCUGGUUUGGGAUGUAAAUAAACGCUUAAUUGGAUACAACGAGCCGAACACCAUCAGGACCAACUAUUUAGGUAGAAGAGAAUUUGUCCAGAGGCUUAAACUUGAAGGGACACUGAAUGUACACGAUGGCUGCGUCAACACUAUAUCCUGGAACGACACGGGUGAAUAUAUCCUGUCGGGCUCAGACGAUACGUUUUUGGUUAUCAGCAACCCGUACAACAAAAAGGUCAAGAAGUCCAUACGUUCGGGUCAUCGCGCGAACAUCUUCAGUGCAAAGUUCAUGCCCCACACCAACGGCCAGGAGAUCGUCUCCUGCUCCGGAGACGGCAUCAUCUACUACACCCACACCGAGAAGAGUCCUGAGUACAACAGACAGUGUCAGUUCACCUGCCAUUAUGGAACAGCGUAUGAGAUUAUGACGGUACCAAACGACCCCUACACGUUUCUGUCAUGUGGGGAGGACGGCACGGUGCGGUGGUUCGACCUUCGCAUGAAGACCAGCUGCACUAAAGAAGACUGCAAAGAUGACAUCCUGAUAAACUGUCGACGGGCAGCGACGUCUAUAUCCAUCUCACCUCUGGUGCCGUACUACCUGGCCGUGGGCUGCUCUGACAGCUCAGUGCGCAUCUACGACAGACGCAUGCUGGGCACCAGAGCGACGGGUAACUACAUGGGCCGGGGGACGACGGGAAUGUGCGUGAGGUUCGUUCCCGCUCACCUGUCCAACAAGUCGUGUCGCGUAACUUCUCUCUGCUACAGCGAGGACGGUCAGGAGGUGCUGGUCAGCUACUCCUCCGACUACAUCUACCUGUUCGAUCCCAAAGAUGACCAGGCCCGAGAGCUGAAGGGGCCGUCUGAGGAGAGGAGGGAGGAGCUGAGGCAGCCUCCAGUGAAGCGCCUCCGUCUACGAGGUGACUGGUCUGACACUGGACCUCGAGCUCGUCCUGAGAGUGAGAGGGAGAGAGAUGGAGAGCAGAGCCCAAACGUGUCUCUGAUGCAGAGGAUGUCGGACAUGUUGUCCCGCUGGUUUGAGGAGGCCAGCGAAGCUCAGAGCAGCAGAGGAACUCGGCCUCAGACACGACCCCGAGGAACAGCUGUCCGCCCAGAGGGGCCGUCGAAUACUCCGGCUGCCCCUGCAGGAGGCUCCAGUGAGGAGUCCACCAUCCCCGAGAGGCCCGUGGGGACGGACGCCCCAGAGGUACCCGCCGGUCCCGUCGCUGCCGCUGCCGCCAUGCCUAAAUCCACUUCCUCCUCCUCCUCAGGGUCAUCAUCCACAGUCACAGCACCUCCUCCUUCCAGCUCCUCGUCAGCACAGAGUUCUGCCCCUUCCACCUCCCCCCUCACCUCCUCGCCUGACUCGGAGCAGAGGAGUCAGACCGACACGACCACGACCCCCACGCCGACGCCCACGCCCACCUCGGAACCCGCACUCUCAGAGUACGGUCCUCAUCGGCUGCCCAUAAGUUUAGUGUGUAGGCGUUUGCAGAGGUUACUUCGUCUGGCCGACCCACCGGGACGGGGUCAGCGAGCGGCCCCUUCUUCUUCCUCUUCUUCUUCCUCUGCAGCCCCUGAGAGACAGUCACAAAGAGCUGCCACUACUGCCGCUGCUGCCGAGACGCAACCCCGUACAGAUUCCCCCUCGUCUGUGGUAAACAAACAGCUGGGAUCCAUGACUCUUGAUGAACAGCAGGGAGCAGCAGAAGCUGCAGGUUCACCUCCUGAUCAACCCAUUUCUGCACCAGUCAGCAGCAGCUCCCCCACCACCUCCACCCCUACCACUGGCACCAGUCGAUCCAGUACAGCAGAGCCAGUCCUCAGCCUACACUACAGCUCAGAGGGAACCACCACCAGCACCAUCAAGCUGGACUUCACUGAUGAGUGGAGCAGCAACACAUCCAGCUCUAUGGGCGGUGGAGGUCCUAAAGCACCUGAGGCCGUGGCUGCUCAGAGCAGAGAGAGUCUGUCGGUGCAGAGUUCAGUGUCGGAGCAAGCUCCCUCUGAGUCCUCGGGGCAGCAGAGUGUGCCCACAGAGCUGCUGUGCGACGCCUCCUGCUCCGGCGCCCUCAGCAGCACGUCAGCUCGGGCCCCGGCGGAGGUCUCCUCUGAGGGGGCCGCCGUGGCUUCCACGCCGCUGGAGAGGAGUCAGCCAGAGGGUACGGAGGACACAUCAGGAGGGUGCAGGAGAGCAGAGCCCACGGUGGCGGAGGAGGGGGAGGAGGGCCAGAGUCAGCCCGCAAGGGGCAACCAGGACUCUGACGACAGCGAUGACGAUCCCAUUCUCAUCCCAUCCACGAGGUUCAGAGGACAGGGCCAGAGAUUUAAUUCCAGAGGAUCUGCAGUAGGAGAUAGGAUGAUCAGACGCUCAGCAGCCGCUCGUAUCCAGGAGCUGUUUCGCAGGAGGAAAGAGAGAAGGGAGAUGGAGGAGAGCGAGACCCAGAAUAUCAGGAGACCCUCGGUCAAAAUGGUCUACAAAGGCCACCGAAACUCCAGGACAAUGAUUAAGGAGUCAUGUUUUUGGGGCAACAACUUUGUGAUGAGCGGUUCAGACUGCGGCCACAUCUUCAUCUGGGACAGACACACCGCAGAGCACCUCAUGCUGCUGGAAGCCGACAACCACGUGGUCAACUGCCUGCAGCCGCACCCCUACGACCCCAUUCUGGCUUCUUCAGGGAUAGACUACGAUAUCAAGAUUUGGUCGCCGCUAGAAGAGUCGCCAUCUUUCAACAGAGUUCUCGCUAAUGAGGUAAUAACUCGGAAUGAGCUGAUGCUAGAGGAAACUAGGAACACAAUCACAGUCCCAGCCUCUUUCAUGCUCCGAAUGUUGGCCUCCCUAAAUCACAUCCGAUCAGAUCGGCUAGAAGGCGAUCGCUCCGAAGGUUCGGGCCAGGAAAACGAGGACGAGCAGUAGCCUGCCGGCAUUUUAUUUUAAAGAAAACACUAUUUCUUUUUGCUGUAUAGCACUUGAAAAAACCCUGAGAUUUGUACAAGUAUAGUGUAGAAUACUUCCUUUUGAAAAUUAGUGUAAUUUCUAGCCCCCCUGUGUUUUUUUAAGAUGACUUUCUUACUGAUGUUUCUGUUUGAGGAUAAACUACAUCUGCGUUAAUGCAAAAGGCGAGGACGUCAGUAUAUAUGUAAUGGUGAGAAUAAUGGCGGCUGGUGUGCGAGGAUGUUAAGUGCAAUAUUAUUUUUGUUAGGAGAAAGUGAGCUUUGAUCAGUGUUAACGUGUGACAGUUUGAAUUUGUAGCACAAAGCUAAGAAAUGUUGAUGUGCUGCUCCGGCAGUUACGCAUGUAAACAAGGACUUUAAGUAAAACAUACUUGGCGAAUG